AUGGCACAAGUCAGCCUUCAGACCUCCGAGCACGAAGAAAUUCUGAACCUCAUCGACAGUCUGCGACUUCAAGGCAUUAGUCGCUACGUGGAUCUGCCUCAGAUCAUUGUCUGCGGUGACCAAAGCUCCGGCAAAUCCAGUGUGUUGGAAGCGAUUUCGGGCCUCCGCUUUCCCACCAAAGACAACCUCUGCACCCGAUUCGCGACUGAACUCAUCCUUCGACGUGGCCCUGCCUCUAAAGUUGUGGUCACCAUCAUUCCGAGUGCCGAUCGCACAGAGCAAGAUGCCGAACGCCUCUCACUCUUCACCCCUCCUUCGACCUCGAUCGCCGACUUUGCAGACAUUGUCAAAUCCGCGGAGAAAGCCAUGGGAUUGGACAGUGACAACACCGUUUUCGCAAAGGAUAUCCUAAGAGUCGAGCUUUGUGGUCCAAACCAGCCCAACCUGACCCUUGUUGAUCUUCCCGGCAUCUUCUGGGCUGGUAAUCGUUCCCAAUCAGACAAUGACGCUGAGCUGGUGCAAUCCUUGGUCAAGUCGUACAUGAAGAGUAAGAGAAGCAUCAUCUUGGCAGUCGUUUCAGCCAAAAAUGACCUGGCAAAUCAAAUCAUCACCAAGCUCGCGCGCGAAAUCGACCCGAGGGGCCAGCGGACCUUGGGUAUUAUCACCAAGCCAGAUCUGCUGCAUGCUGGGUCUGACAGCGAGGCUGCCUUUGUGGAACUGGCGAGAAAUGAAGAUGUCUACUUCAAGCUGGGAUGGCAUGUUCUCAAGAACCGCGACUAUGACACCAAAGACACGACUUCCGCCGAGCGAGAUGCUGCUGAAAAGGAAUUUUUCCAAUCCCGCGUGUGGUCCUCAGCGCUGCCCAGCAGUCAGCUUGGGAUUGACAAUCUCCGUCCACGUCUCAGUCAUGUCUUGCUCGGUCAAAUUCUCACGGAGCUUCCCUCUCUGGUACGAGAUGUGACGAGAGAAUUGACUCUCUGUAAGAGCAAGUUGGCGGCGCUCGGUGCUCCCCGAGGGUCGCUCCUUGAACAACGCACCUAUCUUUUCCACGCAAGCCAGCAGUUUGUCGAUUUGAUCAAGUCUUCCGUUCGUGGUACGUACGAAGAUCCAUUCUUUGGAAGCGCAGAUACCGACAAAGGCUACAACAAACGUCUCCGUGCUGUUGUCCAACACACACUUACUACCUUCGCCGCCAGAAUGCGCACCCAAGGGCACGCUCAGGAGAUUGUCGACAAAGAAACAGAUGGGCAGUCAGAGAAAAAGCCCGGCCCACAACCCAUUUCCCGCCAGGCGUAUCUCGACACUGUCGAGGCUCGCGUGCGUCGGAACCGAGGUCGUGAACUUCCUGGUCUAUUCAACCCAUCAAUUGUGGACGAGUUGUUCUUUGAUCAAUGCAGACCGUGGCAGCACUUACUCCACGAAACAGAGGAGAGACUAGUCACCGCAGCAAGGACGACAAUCGAGCUUGUGGUAGAGCAUAUCUCUGAUUCUGUCACGGGGGACGGCAUUAUGAGAUUCCUGAUCCGACCCAACUUGGAGACCAUUGUCACCAAGUUGCACAAGAAGGUCGAGGAAGUUCUCAAACCGCACAUGAAAGGUCAUGCUAUCACGUACAAUCACUACUUCACUGAAAAUCUGCAGAAGAAGCGCCGCGACGCGGAGCGAGAAGCAUUGGUGGAGAAGUUCCGGAACUUUUUUGGCCUAGAUCCUACUUCAGAGGACGGCAGGGAUCGACUGUACAGCUGUCACAUAGAUACAGGAGCGCUUCUGGCCGCCCUACUCAAAGAUACAGAGUCGAACAUGUCUAGGUUUGCGUGUAUUGAUGCGACAAAUGCCAUGGAAGCCUAUUACAAGGUUGCGUUGAAGACCAUCGUCGACUCUUUCGGGGUGUAUGCGGUGGAACAAUGCCUUCUCAACGAAUUACCUGAUAUCUUCAAACCAGAAAUUGUCUUCAACCUGGAUGAUGCCAUGGUGACCAGAAUUGCUGGCGAGUCACCAGGAUCGCUUGCUGAACGGGAGGAGCUGAAUAAGAAGUUGAAAGUGCUUGAAGAUACCAUGACCACUCUGCGACGGAUGAGAACUGUCGGAGAACCCACAGAUGACCAAGUUUCUGAUGCCAGUUCCAACAACGACAGAGAGGAGGGCGGCAGCGCGAACCACGAAGGAGAAGACCCAUGA